AGGUAGGCUUGGAUUGCUACGUGUAUAUACAAAGCCUUCCGGUCCCCCCGCGAGCGAUCGUCGCACACAGAUUUUUGAAGCGGUCAAGAAUUUGCGCACUCAUCCCACUUAUUCUUGCUCGUCCUCAGAGUCGUUUUCAUGGACGCACCACGCUCGCUCUAAUAACUAGAAUAUAAAUCCUGUCACUCGCUAUAUCGCAACGGCGUACCGUCGUAAACAACCUGUACAAACAUGAUUAUCCCUCUACUCAAUACGAGAUCGGGCGCAAAGACCGACUCCGAUCCCGUAGCUGCCGACUUCACCGCCGGACCGACCACUGGCGGCGGCGGCCCCAGCCAACAGACUCUCAUCAUCGUCUCCACAAUCCUCGGCUCAGCGCUUCUCCUCAUCAUCGCCAUCGCUGCCUACUUCACAAUAACCCGUCGCCGCCGGAAGAGGCAAUUCGCAGAAGAAUACAAAAAUGCCUGCCUACGCGACCCAGAUCUCACGUGGGAGGAGUACACACGGCGAACGAAGCUCACACAGUCGCGCAUCAUGCUGGCCGAGGAGGAGUUGAGGGACACGAUCAUCCGCAAGUCGCUACAGAAUAGGUCAUCUGUCACAGUCACACCCGUCGCCGGCUUCACCGCCGCCACUCCGGAUACACCCACCGAGCCCGUCUCACCACCCGCCAGAACACGGUCUAGGACGUGGCAUGGACGCAGUAGAUCCAAGACGAGCAUCGAUGCCGAGGAAGGCGAAGGGUUACUCAUGUCUCUUCGUGGCGACUGGACAGAGCACGAAGCGCGCGUCGAGAGGACGUGGCAGCUUCUUCACAAGAAGUACCCCACGAGGCGGGUGACGCUACCAGUUGAAGAGGAGUCCGGCGGUCCGAUACGGCCGCCUACAAUCCGUUUAAAAACGCCGCCGUUGCUUUCGCAUCCCAUGUUUCGGGGUUGGAAUGCAGAGAACACCGUGAAGCACUCCAGUUUGCCGACUUUGCCAACCGAGCUAGAGAAGAUAAGGCCUGCACAAAUUUGAUGGAGUAAUGUAUCAGGUGUAAUGUUCAUGUCUAUAAUGUCUAUGACGUAUCAACGAAUAAUGGAAUUGGCCCGGAGUUGGCCCAGGGCGGCGUUUGGUCACGGUAUAUAUGGAGGCUCUAGACGACUGAGAUAUCAACAGAACUAGGCCAUGGGCUACAAGAUUUGAGAUCUUGUAAAUUCAAUCGCAAAAUUUCUAAAUUGGUUUUCAGGAUUGAGUCAGUUCAACUAGUUUAUUAUUCCAAAUACCGCUCAUCAAAUCGACAAUCAUCAUCAUAGGGGAUGAGGAGCAACAAACCGAU